AUGUGGCUCGUCCUCAUAUUGCUGUCUUUCCUUCUGGUGAAUACUGGUGCACAGGAUAAGAAAUAUAGAAGAUGCGGUAACUUAAAAGAACUGGAGAUAGUCUUCUUGAGCUUCUUCUGGAAGGCUCAUCCAAGUCUGUAUUGGGAUACAAGCUUGGUAAAAAAGGCUGGGCAGGCAUUGUGGAUGCGGAAGGUUAAUGUGCCACACACCAUCAGUUUCAGAACUGGAAGGUAUUACGGUAAGUCAAAGAAGUCAACGAUACAAAAAUUGAGAGAAACUGUGGGAGGAUUCAAGCGAUAUUUUCCGCAGAUCGAGAGACUGCCUACAUGGGCGCCUUUUGGAUGCAACUGCAAGAGCGAUAUUAAUGAGACCUUCCAAGAUAUGUUGUGCUACUUUCAAACAAAGUUACCUGAUCUGGGUUGGAUGUGGAAAGAGUAA